AUGGAGUCUUGGACAGUCAGGAAACGACCAUGGGCAGAAGACUACUCAAAUGACCAGCAACUGAAGCGCCGAGGUAUGGCCACUACUCCUUCUGGUGCCCAACAGACUUCCCCGCUCCCCCCACGAAUCGCUUACUAUUCUCGUGACGACGGGAUACUGAGCCAUCGAAGGCUGCCGCCACUCUAUACUUUGCCCUGCAAAACAUCAGCAGAAUGCAUCACAUCCCGUUCCUCGCAAAAUUCUCCCGGAGCGCAGGAUGUCGCCCCGCUAAACAUAUCGAGACCUCGAUCCCAGUCUCUCUUCAACAUUCUCCAACAUCCUCAUUCGCAAGGCCAGCAACAAGGUUACACUGAACAUCCAAUAUACUAUCCUCGGACUCUUGAAUUAGAUGAUUCCUCGCCUAGUGUUACCGAAGUGCACUGGCCUUGUUUCGGUACUGGCCCGACGCCACAUGCAGCAGGGGCAGUGAUCUGUUGUCCAUCCAACUACCCAGGCCAAGAAUGCUUGAGCACCCGCAAUUUAGUGCGCACACUCACCACGGAUUUGGCUUUGCUAGGUGCUAGGGUGAGAACCAUAACACAUACAGAGAUUCACUUAAGCGACUCAGUUCCCAGGUCUAGUCAUCUUAGCACCAAAGAGGCUUUGCAAUGGGCGCUUGAUCUCGUGCAAUGGACUAACGACAAGCUUCAAGAGCAGCUAGAGCAACGACCGUCGCCCAGCCUCGAGUCAGAAUAUCAGCCUGACGCCUCGCCAAGUAUGAGGAGAGGCCAACACCACCUCGAGGAGCCCGAGGAGCAGUCUCCUCCGAAUCGAAAAUACCCCAUUGUUCCUCAUGGUUUCUCUGGUUUCACCCAUCCUAGACUGAUGCCCGAAGACAGUCGAAGGAAUCCAUAUGGGAGCGAGACGACACCAACAGGAAACUCUCCGUAUCAUACUCCAUCGUCAUCUGGUUCCGUAAUCAUGCCUCCACAAUCGCCUAUGCAAGCUCUACAGCCCUUGCAUUCGACUAUCCUACCUUCUCCAUCUUCUUUAAGCUUCCCCAACGUUCCACAUUUACCGACCAUAUCACCGGCUGUUACAUCGGUACAGCAAUCGGCCCAAAGCAUUCACCUACAAGAUCUGCAACACCAAAUCAGCGUCAAGACACUUGCAUUUCAAACACUCCAACGGGAAUAUGAUGACCUACUUCAAAACCUCGAGCGACAGAGGAGCAAGAGCAUCACGCUUGAGAAGAAGUUCGAAAUCAACGAUAUUGAGAUCAACAACCUGACAGAGGCGAAGGGAAAGCUUCAAGGACAGGUGGUGAUGAUGGAAAGCCAGGUGGAAGAGUUGCAGCAGAGUCGAGACGAAGCACGGAGUCAACUAGUUGCCAACGGAGCACAAUACCGACAAAUAAUGGAAAUGGCGAACCGACUCCAGGCACAAGGUGCCGAGGACAAGAAGAAAUGGCAAACAGAAAGAACAGAGUUGGGCCAGCGGAUUCAACUCUUGGAAGAAGCUAUGGUGACUGGCAAUGAACAAGCUACGCCAACUGCAGAACUUUCUAUGACUGCCAGUCCCGCCCUACAGUCUGUCACACUCCCACACAACGCCGUCUCUUCAAGUUCAUCACAGGCAGAGACUGUCAACGUUCUCCGCGCAGAGGUCGGCCGUCUUCGAUCCCGUACGCACACCCUCGAAACGGCAUUGCAGACAAUGCGGCGGGAGAGCAUCUCCAUUCAAGCAGCAGCAAGGCAAUUGGUGGAGUCAGGUGGCAAGUUGGAGAAUGUGGCACAAAGCGCAGUAGGAGGAGGCGGAUGA